UCUGAAGAUGGACCAAUCAGCGGACAGCAGAUGAGAUCGAGGGCUGCGCGUUCGACCUAGCGCUGGCAAGAAGUUAGUUCCUGCUCUACGCUGGCCGUUUCCUGUAAUCGUACAGUGUUGUGAGACGGAGAAAGCCAUGUGUGUCGAUGCAAAGGGCAUCAGUGCACACAUUUAUUAAUGGAUCUCUUAAAGUUCACUCCAACCAGAGAAGCAAAAAGUAACUCCAGAGAGUAGGAGAGGAUAGAGGGGAGGAAGAGAGAGAGUAAAGAAGGGUGAACCGGUGGACUCUCUCUUUUCCUGUUCCCCACUCCCUAAUAAUUCAUUUCAGCAUAAUUGCAAAAUCUCUUCAGACCUGUUGGAUGUUUUUGUACCGACACUGGAUAUCACACAUUCUUUUCUUUUUUUCACAAACUCUUUGACAAGAUGGCAGACCCCAUUAUGGACCUCUUUGAUGACACACCACUGUUCAAUUUGGAUUCCCUACCGGAGGAUGCAUUCUCACAGGGCUCCUCAGACCCAGUCGAGGAGGCGCUGAAGUUGGCACUGGGCCAUGUGGACCCACCUAUGGACCCUACACCGGAUCCUGGUGUCCCUCUGCUCAGUGAUGUUGUCACAGAUCCAGCUCUAAUCCCAACACCCCUCGCAGCACCUGUCUCCGUCCCACUGCAGACCCUUCAAACACAGCAGCCCACCCAGAUGUCCCAUGAGGUUUCUGUUGCCCCGGCUUCAAUUUCCGUUCAGCCCUCUCUCUCGGUGGCCAGUAAUAGCAGUGGGGCAGCAACGGUCCUGCUGAGCUCCCCUCUUGGAGUACCUGUGUCAGGGGCUCAAGUUGCCACCCAGCAAAUCACUGUUACGCAACAGUCAGCAGGGCAGUCGGCUCCAAAAAUUGUAAUUUUCAAAGGCCCUCAGGGUCAGACUCAAGUGCUACAGGGUGUCACAGGAGCCACAGGCUCUCCAGGGAAAGUCACCCUUGCUAGAGUUCUGACAGGGACCCCGCUUAGGCCAGGGAUGGCGGUUGUUUCCGGGGGAACGGUGUUAAAUGCGACAUCUCCUGGGCAGGGACAGGUCAAAGUAGGCACUGGAGUUCAAAGGCUGGUUCAGACUCCAAAUGGCCCGAUGAAGCAGGUGUUACUGACCUCGGUGCCUCAGACUCAAUCGCAGGUUCAGACACAAUCAGUCCAGGUGCAGAUACCUGCACAGGCGCAGCUGCAGUCACCGUCACAGCCAGCACAGGUACAGGCGCAGGUCCAGGUGCAGCCUCAGACGCAGGUGGCAUUACAAACACAGGACCAAGUGCCGGCUACUACAUCCCCUGGAACGACAGCAGCGGCCAUCCGACCUCAAAGUGUCACACUUUCAGCAGUGCCACAGCAGGUCAGUCUCUGCCAGGGGGAAGCAAAGAGGAUCACUCUGGUGCUACAGCAGCCCUCGCAAGGUGGAGCAGCCCAGACUGGGACAUUGACAGUAGGGGGAACUGCAGGGGCGGGUCACCAGGGCCAGCAGCCCAGGCUGGUGUUGGGCUCUUUGCCAGGGAAGUUGGUCCUGCAGGGAGGCCAGCUGGCAGCUUUUGCCCAAGCCAGAACGGGUCAAACGGGUGCACAGCCGAAAGUGCUCACCAUUCAGCUACAAGUUCAACAGCAGCCCAACCAACAGGGAGCCAAGUUUCAAUUGGUUUCUGGGGCAGCUAAUGCUGGUGGCAGCCCUCAGGUGGUGCAGAUUUCUCAAGGCCAAGGAGGACAAAGACUAGCAGUGCCUCUUAAACUACUGCUGCAGCCACAGUCAAGCACUGCUUCCAGUGCUGGUGGGGCCGUUUCUGUGGUUAAAGUUAUCAAUACCUCGGCUGCCGGGUCUGCGUCCAUCACCACCACUACAGCCGCGUCUUCCGGUGUGCGUUUGGCAAAGAUCCAGGAGCCCGUGCGAAGAGUGGAGACCCUGUGCAAACAGGAGAAAGCAAAUCGCAUUGUUGCUGAGGCCAUCGCACGGGCCAAAGCCAGGGGUGAAAGGAACAUCCCCCGUGUGCUCAACCAGGAUGAACUGCCUGCCGGACAUACCUCAGCAGACAUAGAAGGUGCCACAGGAGCUGGAGGAGCCAAAAAGAAAGGAGUAGGUGGAGGUAGUAGUAGUGGAGGGAGCAAGAAGAAAAGCCCAAGUGCAGGAGGAGGGAAAGUGGUGGCCGGAGGAGACAAGAAAUCCAAGGCGAAGACUCCAGGAGUGGUUUCUGGAGGCGGGGGCAGUAAAAGUAAAUGCAAGACUAAGCUCAACACCAUCACUCCAGUGGGUGGUAAGAAAAGAAAAAGAAAUGCAUCCUCUGACCAUUCAGAUAUAGAUCUAAGCCCACCUGUUUCACCCCGCACACUGGAGGAGGAAAUGUCACAGAAGCGACGUUCUAACCGUCAGGUGAAGCGGAAGAAGUACACAGAGGAUUUGGACAUUAAAAUCACUGAUGACGAAGAUGAAAUGGAUGCGGAUGUUGACGUAACCACAACUCCUGUGUCUAGUGCAGGGCAUCUGCAGUCUAUGGGAGCAGAACUCCAGCAGGAACUGGAUGGGGAUGGUCUUCCAAGCAUGCAGUUUUUUGUGGAAAACCCAAGUGAGGAGGAUGCUGCUAUUGUGGAUAAAAUAUUGUCUAUGCGGGUGACCAAAAAGGAGGUGUCUCCAGGGCAGUAUACUAAUGUGGAGGAAUUUUUUGUCAAAUAUAAAAACUACUCGUACAUGCACUGUGAAUGGGCCAGUCUUGAACAGCUGGAAAGGGAUAAGAGAAUCCAUCAGAAGCUGAAGAGAUUCAAGACAAAACAGGCACAGAUGAGGAACCUAUUCCAGGAGGAUGAGGAACCUUUCAAUCCAGACUACGUGGAGGUUGAUCGUAUUUUGGAUGAGUCACAUAGUGUCGAUAAAGACAAUGGGGAGCCAGUAGUGUACUACCUAGUGAAGUGGUGCUCUCUGCCCUAUGAAGAUGCUACUUGGGAGCUGAAGGAGGAUGUUGAUGAAGCAAAAGUGGAAGAAUUCAGGAAGAUUGAAAGCCGCCCGGCCCGACUCAAGAGAACUCCUCGACCUGCUGCAAGUGCCUGGAAGAAGCUUGAUGAGUCCAGAGAGUAUAAGAAUGGGAACCAGCUCCGAGAGUACCAGCUGGAGGGAGUCAACUGGUUGCUCUUCAACUGGUACAACAGGCAAAACUGCAUCCUGGCAGAUGAAAUGGGUCUGGGGAAGACCAUUCAGUCCAUAGCCCUGCUGUCAGAGAUGUUUGCUGUAGGGGUCCAGGGGCCGUUCCUUAUCAUUGCCCCUCUAUCCACUAUCACAAACUGGGAGAGAGAGUUUUCCACCUGGACAGAUAUGAAUGCUAUCGUUUACCACGGCAGUCUGGCCAGUAGACAGAUGAUCCAGCAGUAUGAAAUGUACUGCAAAGAUGACAAGGGACACUUGAUACCAGGGGCCUAUAAAUUUGAUGCUCUAAUCACAACCUUUGAGAUGAUUCUAUCAGAUUGCCCAGAGCUGAGGGAGAUUUCUUGGCGCUGUGUAGUUAUUGAUGAAGCUCACCGUUUGAAGAACAGAAACUGCAAACUACUUGACAGCCUCAAGAUGCUUGACCUUGAGCAUAAAGUGUUGUUAACAGGCACUCCACUUCAAAACACAGUAGAGGAGCUGUUCAGUUUGCUGCACUUUCUGGAGCCGGCCCAGUUCCCCUCGGAGAUAGAGUUUUUGCGUGAGUUUGGAGAUCUUAAAACAGAGGAGCAGGUCCAGAAACUGCAGUCAAUUCUAAAGCCCAUGAUGCUGCGUAGACUGAAAGAAGAUGUAGAAAAGAACCUUGCCCCAAAACAAGAGACCAUUAUUGAGGUGGAGUUGACUGAUGUACAGAAGAAGUAUUACCGUGCUAUUCUAGAACGUAACUUCAGCUUCCUCAGCAUGGGAGCCACACAAAACAGCAAUGUACCCAAUCUCCUCAACACAAUGAUGGAACUUCGAAAGUGCUGCAACCACCCUUACCUCAUUACAGGUGCUGAGGAGAAGAUAGUGGCUGAGCUGAGGCAGGUGUAUGAUCCUCUGGCUUCAGACUUUCAUCUCCAGGCUCUGGUGCGCUCUGCAGGGAAACUGGUCUUGCUGGAUAAGCUGCUUCCUCGCCUUAAGGCUGGCGGGCACAAGGUGCUCAUCUUCUCACAGAUGGUGCGAUGCCUUGACAUCCUUGAGGACUACCUCAUACACAAGAGAUACCUGUAUGAGCGCAUUGACGGGCGGGUCAGAGGAAACCUGCGACAAGCGGCCAUUGAUCGCUUUAGUAAACCUGAUUCAGACCGGUUUGUCUUCCUGCUUUGUACCCGGGCUGGAGGUUUGGGCAUUAAUCUGACUGCUGCUGACACCUGUGUCAUUUUCGACUCUGACUGGAACCCACAGAAUGAUCUUCAAGCUCAGGCACGUUGUCAUCGUAUUGGUCAAUCUAAAGCGGUGAAGGUUUAUCGUCUCAUUACCAGAAACUCCUAUGAGAGGGAGAUGUUGGACAAAGCGAGUCUUAAACUGGGACUUGAUCGAGCUGUUCUGCAAAGCAUGAGUGGAAAUAAGGACAACAGUGUUAACGGGAUUCAGCAGUUCUCAAAGAAGGAGAUAGAGGAUUUGCUUCGUAAAGGUGCUUAUGCAGCCAUUAUGGAUGAGAACGACGAGGGCAGCCGUUUCUGUGAGGAGGACAUCGAUCAGAUACUUCAGAGAAGAGCAACUACCAUCACUAUAGAGAGUGAAGGCAAAGGAUCCACCUUUUCCAAGGCCAGCUUUGUGGCGUCUGAGAACCGCACAGAUAUUGCUCUGGAUGAUCCCGAGUUCUGGCAAAAGUGGGCCAAGAAAGCUGACAUAGACAUGGACUCUCUCAACAGGAAGAAUACUCUUGUGAUUGACACACCGAGAGUAAGAAAGCAAACACGUCAGUAUUCCAGUCUGCGUGGAGAGGGUGGGGAUCUGUCUGAUUUGGACAGCGAUGAAGACUACCCACCCCAUAAUUCCCGACAAUCUCGGGCCUCUCGACGCUCAGACCGGCAUUCUGGUGGUGGUUAUGGGCGCACAGACUGCUUCAGAGUGGAAAAACACCUACUUGUUUAUGGGUGGGGCCGUUGGCGGGAUAUCCUGUCUCAUGCUCGCUGUAAGCGGCGUCUCAGUGAACGUGAUGUGGAAACCAUCUGCCGUGUCAUCCUGGUUUUCUGUCUGAUACAUUACCGUGGAGAUGAGAACAUCAAAAGCUUCAUCUGGGAGCUAAUCACCCCUCCAGAGAAUGGACGAGAACCACAGGCUCUGCUUAAUCACUCUGGUCUGUCCAUCCCUGUCCCUCGUGGCAGGAAGGGGAAACGAGUCAAGGCUCAGAGCUCUUUUGAUGUGCAGAAAGUUGAGUGGAUCCGAAAGUAUAAUCCUGAUAGUCUUCUGCUUGAUGACAGUUACCGAAAACACCUCAAACACCAGUGCAACAAAGUGUUGCUGAGAGUACGUAUGCUGUAUUACCUGAAGCAGGAGGUCAUUGGAGAACAUGCUGAUUCUGUAUUGAGAGGAGCUGAUGCAAGGGAUAUUGAUAUCUGGUUGCCUGAAAUGGAGCAGCAGGAUGUUCCGUCUGGAUGGUGGGACGCAGAAGCUGACCGAUGCUUGCUUAUCGGUGUCUAUAAGCAUGGAUAUGAGAUGUACACCACUAUGCGUGCUGACCCCUGCUUGUGUUUUGUUGAGCGAUGUGGCCGUCCAAAUGAGCAGGACAUUAAUGCGGAGCAGCAAGCAGCAGACCCAGAGCUUGGGGAGGGAGGGGACUAUGACAAGUACUCAGAAGAUCCAGAAUUUAAACCUGCGACAAGACACACCAAGGAGGUAUAUGAAGAGGCUGAUUCGGUGAAUGCAGAUGGAGAGAUUUGUGUGGAGGAUCACUCUGCCCCUGUGCAGAUUGAGGGGCCAUCUUCAGGAUCGUCAGAUUUGUGUUACUGGCCAACAAGCUCAUCGCUCACAGCCAGACUACGCCGUCUUAUCACAGCCUACCAACGCAGUUACAGACGAGAGCAGCUUAAGAUAGAGGCAGCAGAGAAGGGCGACCGUAGACGUAGACGCUGUGAACAAGCCACAAAGCUCAAAGAGAUAGCCCGCCAAGAACGACAGCAAAGGUAUGUUCCUUUAAUAAACCGUUACAAAAGUUUCCUGUUCAGUCUCGAUGUCCAGCGUUCUUAUAAGCGUCUCUGUUUCAGGUGGACUCGUAGGGAGGAGUGUGAUUUUUAUAGGGUGGUAUCAACCUUUGGGGUCGAAAGGAUAAAGAAAGAAGCUGAUGCUCCAGAAGGGGACGAGUAUCAUAUGUCCUGGAAUCACUUCCGUUCUUUUGCUCGCCUUGAUAAGAAAACCGACGAGAGCUUGACGCGUUACUUCAAAUGCUUUAUGUCCAUGUGUCGGAAAGUGUGUCACCUUCGGCCAGCACGUGGAGAAGAAUCUCAAGAUUUGUCCCAGUCUCUGGCCCCCAUCACAGAAGAACGAGCCUCGCGCACACUGUACAGGGUCAGCUUGCUUUGUCGGCUACGUGAGCGCGUUCUUCCCCACCCCUCAUUGGAGGAACGCCUCAGUCUGGCACCACUCUCCUCUGACCUUCCCAACUGGUGGAACGUCCCACAGCACGACCAUGAGCUGCUCUUAGCUGCCGCUAGACAUGGCGUCAGCCGCACUGAACUCUCAAUCUUCUCUGACCCACAGUACUCAUUCAGUCAGGCCCGCCUCGACUACCUCCAGAACCAGCAAGCCCAAGCUGCUUCGCAGAUGCACGCGUUAAGUCAGUCACAGGAUCCGACCAGCAUCAAAGAGGAGAGCCUAGAUGAUGAUUCUCGGCUGCUGGGGGUGGAGGCCCUCUGUCCGUCUGACUCUCCAGCUAUGCUCCUCACCCAUUCUGAGGGGAAAGUUGGAGUUCCGGCUGGAUGGGGCUGGAAGAAGAGCAAAAACAAUGGGCCCAGUGAGAGAAAAGGAGAAAGAGAGAGAGGUGAAGGGCCUUCGGACUCCGAUUCUGAUUCAGACUCGGGCUCGUCUUCCUCCUCCCGUCAUUCUGGCAGCUCAGAUGAUAGCGGAGACAGUGAUGCUGAGAGAGAACAAGCAGCUCUUAAGAUGUGCGAUGGCGAUGAAGAAAACAGCAUCCUCUCACUCACACCAUCUCAAGAAGGCGCCCCGCCCGAGUCCCUCACUGACCCUCUGAGAGUUGAUUGGCCCAAAGACCGCAUGUUGAUAAACCGAAUAGACAACCUCUGCUCACUGGUUCUAGCAGGGCACUGGCCGACAGGUCGACGCUACGUCUCUGACAUACAGCUCAGUACUACACCUGAUGAGCAUGACCUCGGAGAUGGCCUAGGUUACCCCCGAGUGGCACGCAAAAGCAACAGUGCCCUUUCUGCAGAUGCUCUUGAAGGCCAAGAAUCAGAGUUCACAGUAAAACUGCUAAAGGAGGAGGGGCUGAAGUUGACUUUUUCUAAGCAGGCUCUCAUGCCAAACGGUGAAGGGAGUGCACGCAAAAAGAGAAAGGACCACGAGCUGGUAGAUGCCGAAGGGGUUCUCCAUGCUCCCCGCAGAAGGGACCUUCCUAACUGGCUCAAAGAAAACCCAGAUUAUGAAGUGGAGGGAGACAUGUUAGAAUUACUGGUGAACCGGACCAAAAGGAAGAGGAGGAGGAAGAGGGUAGAGAAAGGAGCAGCACUUACCGGCAGUGAGAGAGUGAAGGUCAUAGACAUAAGGACAGGCAAGAAGUUUGGUGGAAUAUACGGGCCUUUACUACAGGACCUGAGAGAGCACCUGGAGGAGAAUCCUGACCACGUUGUAGCACCAGAAUGGUCUGAGACUGUUCGCAACUCGGGCUUCUUGCCUGAGAGUUCAUUCCACAGACUGUUGAGUCCCCACGCUUCAAUCCCCAAAAAGAAUCGACAUUACCUCUCCACCCCUUCGAUCCAAACUGAUGACCCUCUCCUGGGAGGCGGCGAAGGAGAGACGUUAGUUUCCGACGGCGCAUACAUGAUGGACGACGAGGACCUGGAGGACGGCAGUCACCUCACAUCAUCUCACCACUUCCUUACUCCAGCCUACGAUGUGAAGAUGGAGCCGAGCGCUCUUGAUAUGGACGGAGGCGACAGUUUGUCACAAGGUGGCUAUGAUAGCUCAGACAGAGAGGCCAUUUUGGAUGAUGUCAUCAUGGCACCGAAGAAUUCAGACUCUUCCUCAAGCUCCGAGGAUUGACCAAAUCUCACGUUAGAUGUAGUAAACCGAGAUCAUGACAGUCUUUUAUUUUAUUAUAUUCUGCCUUCAUUAUUUUUAUAAUUAUUAUUGAUGUUAUUGCUUAAAAUAUGGAGUAACAGAUUUUUUUUUUUUUUUUUCUUGGGUUGGAUUUGUACUUGACUGUUUUGUGUAGGAAAGAUAUAGGCACCUUUUUUUCUUUACACCUCAUUCAGCACAAUGUGCAAAAUCUUAAUUCCAGAUGGACAAAAUAUAUCAAUUUCAUGUCUCACAUACCCCCACAGUAAGCCCCUUUCAUCCUUUAUUGGCUGGGAAAGGAGCUGUUCGUCUCAAUCCCUCUGGCUGAACUGUUUAACAGUGCGCUGGAGAAUCCAUAGUCAUGCACUGAGCUGAGCCAUCGUGGUGCCUCGGUCUGGUGAAGAACAUGGAGUUUUUGUUGGAUGUAUAUCAUUUUUUUGUGUGUGUGUUUGGGGGAUUCGUAGGAUUUGGGGUUUAGGGUUAGUUACUGAAACAAUGUUAGACAGAUGAUGGCUGUAUUGUACAAAGUAGAGUUGGUCCUAUGCCUGCAAUGAUGCAAAAAUUAUGCGUUUAUUCCCGUUUCAAUAACUGACUCCAACUGUCUCUGUGAUAUAAAUAUGAAUAGCAGUCUACAGUGGAAACUGAUGUCUGUUGAAUUCUUUUCAUCAAGUGUUGAUAUUUAUUUGAAUAAUGACUACUCAAGGCCCUUUUUAUUGACUUCUUGGAAUACAUGCUGAAUAGAAGAACAAGUUCAUUUUCUCUUUCAUAUUUCAUACUUGGAUGAGGUAUCAUAAAAACAAUCAUAGUCUUCAGUGAUUGUGUUUUGAUUAAUUUAGUUGAUGCAUGCAUAAGACAUUAAAUCACCAAUUUAGAAUAAUUUAAGGU